ACUCUUCUUGAUGUAACUCAGUGUAACUCAUCAGAAUUAGACUAAUGACAUAAUGAGAAAGUAUUCGCAGUCUUCACAUUCAUUAUACAAAUUAAAUAAUGAAUCGUUACUCUAUAUACUGUUAUUGUUUUAUUACCAUUCAGAAAAGUGGGUUGGUGAAUGUAAAAAAAAACACGAACGACUAACAAAACUUCCGAAAACUAGGGCCAUAUAACUGUUCAACGAAUCAGCGAUAAUAUUUUCGCAGAUUUAAUUAUCCUUUCGUGAUACGAUCUCCAAUACACAUUAGCAAAAAAUCUUGAGAAUGCCCGCGAGGAAACGUAAUGAUGUUUAACUGUUCUUCAAGCAUUUAUUUUGAGAAGUUACGUAUAACCACUCUUACAUUCUUUGAGGCAUCUUCAACAUGUUACGUUGGUACCAGAAUGUUGAGAUUUCGAUGGUCCCCGAAAAAAAUUGCUGACGAUUUUCAAGAGUGACGCGAGUGCCUAAGUGUGAGCAAUAAUUUAGAAGAAUUACUAAUGGAAUUGACGGGAAUUUUUCAGUCAUGGACCAUAUUUUUGGUCACAGCAUGUUAUCUGAUGAAAUACACACAAGAAGUUGACUUACCGUCCAAAAUAGUCUCGAGUAUCUCCUCAAAAUAUGCUAAUAAUUCUGAAAAACCGAAAUUGAGAACAACAGAAGACUAUGUAAUGGAUAGCGAUCAAAUUGAUGGUGCCGUCAGAUAUGGUUUCGAAUCUCUGGAAAAUCUCUUGACAGUUAAAGAACCGAUUUGGUUCAAGAUGGGAUUAUAUCUACAUGCGAAUCAUCCAGCGAGUAUGGUAGCAAAUUUUGGGAAACCCAAUGAAAGGGCACUUGAAUUAUCAAGAUUUGGAUAUGCCACAGUAGAAGCUAGCAGAAAGAUAGCAGAGAGUUUUCCAGAAAAUGCUAGUCGACAAUUCACAGAUUUUCCGAAUGCCAUCAAAUCCAGGAUGAUAGAAGAAUCGUGUCCUCUCAGAGGAAAACCAAGAUGUCCGCUGGCUUCGAAGAGAUACAGAACUGCAGAUGGAACGUGUAAUAAUCUUUCAGAACCUUGGAAAGGAUCCUCUUUGUUGCCACUCGUGCGAUUCUUACCUCCAUUCUAUGAAGAUGGAGUUCAGAGUAUCAGGAGAUCUGUCGUGGGUGGACUUUUACCAUCGCCAAGGCAAAUCAGCGUGAGAAUCCAUCGGGAAAAGAAUCGUGAAACUCAGGGAGUUACCUUGAUGUUUAUGCAGUGGGGCCAAUUCAUAGACCAUGACGUCACUUCCGUCGUCAAAUCUAGGAGUUUCAACGGCUCCAUACCCAGAUGCUGUGAUGGCGGAGGAAGGACUUUUUUACCAGAUGAAUUGACGCAUCCAUCUUGUCUACCUAUAGAAAUCCCAGAAGACGACUGGUUUUUCGGUAAAUUCGGCUUACGAUGCAUGGAGUUUUUGAGGAGUGCUCCAUCGACCAGAAUCGACUGUGACCUGGGAUGGAGGGAGCAAAUCAAUCAGGUGACACCAUUCAUUGAUGCCUCCACAAUUUAUGGAAGUGAUGUCGAAACGUCGGAUUCCAUCAGAACUUUCAGGAAUGGUAAAAUAGUGUACGGCAGGCCCCGCCCCCACGCUGGCGGCGAACCACUUCGCCCCCCUGAUCCCCCCCACGGCGAACUGUGCCGCGCAGGCGCCCUCACGGCCGACUGCCUCCAACCUGGGGAUGGCCGGCUGGGGGAGCAGCCCGGCCUGACGGCGCUGCACACCGUCUGGAUCAGGUACCACAACAAGGUGGCCGGCGUGCUUUCCAGACACAAUCCCCAUUGGAGCGACGAGAAGAUUUUUCAAGAAACAAGAAAAAUAGUGUAUGCUCUCAUCCAGCAUAUCACCUACCACGAAUUCCUGCCCAUACUAUUGGGCCCUGAGGUUAUCAAGCUCUUCGAACUCGAUUUGGUGGCGAGAGGAUAUUACAACGGAUACGAUGAUAGAGUGGAUCCUGCCAUAGCGAACGCUUUCAGCUCUGCCGCAUACAGAUUUGGACACAGCAUGGUGCAAAAUUCCUAUGUCAGGACAGAUCACAAGCACAGGCCGAUUCUGAACAACGUAACCCUCCACGAAGAGAUGACCAACUUCGAGAACAUCUGGAGCUUCGGUUCGCUGGACAGGUUCCUCCUGGGCCUUUGCGACCAACCCGCGCAGCGAAGGGACGAAUUCGUCUGCGACGAGCUCACCAACCACCUCUUCCAACCACCUGGAAUGCCCUUCGGCAUCGACCUCACCGCCAUCAACGUGCAGCGGGGCAGGGACCACGGCCUCCCGCCCUACACCUCUUGGAGGGGGCCCUGCGGACUGAGCGCCGUGAGGGAAUGGAGGGACCUUGAGAAGGUUUUUGCUUCGGGAACGAUCAAGCGGUUCAGAAGGGUGUAUCGGCAUGUGGAUGACGUGGAUUUGUUCAGCGGAGGGUUGGCUGAGAAGCCAGUUAGAGGAGGAGUGGUGGGGCCAACUUUUGCGUGUAUUAUCGCCCAGCAGUUCCUCAAUUUGAGGAAGGGAGACAGAUUCUGGUACGAAAAUGGCAAGUUUCCGUCGUCCUUCACCCCCGCGCAACUCCAGCAGAUCAGGAAAGUGACCUUCUCCAGCAUCCUUUGCCAGACUUUGGAUGAAAUCGAAACCAUACAGAAGUAUGUCUUCCUCUCAGCUGAUGAAGUCAAAAACGAUCGGGUUGCUUGUGAUAGUACCUCGAUGAAACAUUUGGAUCUCUUACCGUGGAUAGAAACAACAUUCAAUGAAGUCGACAACAAAAUUGAUCUUGGUUUCGGAAGGGAAGGGGAGGAUGUUCUCGAGAACAUAGAUUUGUCGCCUCUAGGAAGGAGUCGAAGAGCCCAGACCAAGGUCAAACGUAGAAAUAGGAAUAAACCAUCUUCAACAACUAUGAAAAGUAUUUCAUCUAAGCCCAAUGCACCAAAGAGCAAAACUGGCUCAAAACAUAUAGUCAUCGUGAAAGACGCGAACAAAUAUCAAAAGGUAUCUUCAUCACAAUCAAAUAAUCCACUAGAAGUCAACAUCAAAAUACAGUACUUUCUCCCUACCUCCAGUACCACUACCCCUGCUCCCUUUCGGAGGAGAAAAAGACCUACAGUACCUGCUUGGACAACAAAUUCCCACCUGUCCUACCCAGUAUAUGUACAAUCCUCCCCACAAGUCGAUUUCCCAGGACAAUCGUACGGUACAGUCUCAAACACGAAGCCGUCUUAUAUCUACACCAGACCCAGCUUUCUUGAUGACUAUGGUUCCUCAGGCAGUAAGCCAGACAAAAUAAGCAACAGACCAGUUCAGGACUACGGUUCCAAUAGUUACAGGCCAACACAAAUAUUCAACAGGCCAGUACAAGACGACUACAGACCUAGCAGCUACAGGCCUUCACAAGUCUACAGUAGACCCAUCAAUGUUGAUAGAUACAGACCGGAUACCAGCUACAAACCUAAUGAAAUCUACACAAGACCUAGCAGCUAUGGCGACAACGAUGACACUGUUCACAGACCAAGACCUGAAGGCUAUAAACCGAGUAAUGGGUACGACCAAUAUGAUGAGGUAAAUCUAGAAGGCGAGCCUUUGAUUAUUAGUUCAAAUAAACCACAGAGCUAUAGACCCAUCAAUCAACAAUACAUUUACGGUGAAGUAGAAUCCACCAACAGUAACUAUGAUGAUGAAAUUCCAAACUAUUAUUAUACACAGAAUAAACCUAGCAGUGGCUACGACAGGAUUGACAUUGGUGACGUGGGAGAUAUACCAAAGAGGCCUACGUUUGGACACUCUAGCUCCUCUGACAAAAUUGGUAGUCCUCAGAAGAUCUACUCGAUAGGUCAUGUUCAGAAAGUUAGAGGGGAUCACAUUAACGAUAAGCUAGAUUUCAAAACAAGGCUAGUUAGUGGUUCGAAACAUAGUGAAGACAAUGAUGAUGGUUUCGUCAAGAUAUCUUCUGUUAAAGCACAAGCCAUAUUGCCUUCUAGUCAUUCCUUUAUCGACAACGUGUUUCAGAGAGAAGGAGAUUCUGAGAUUGAUUAUGGAGAAGAGGAUGACAGCAAAAAAAUGAUGCGAUUGGUGGACAUAGCUGUUGCUCCUGAUGAAAUCAAUGAAGGCAACUGGCUGAUAUACAAUGAAACUGAAGAAGCAGCACCUCUAUUUGCCUUACCAGAGUUCAAUCAACAUGAUUCAAGUGCAGAAGAAGUUCCUCAACAAAUGAAAGUGAUGAAACCUAAGAUCGAGCAAUAAUGAUAAAUUGUAGCUAUAUGCAAGCAUUGAAUGACGUAAUAUCCAGUACGACAUCAAUGAUGUCAAGAGGUCAAGAGAUACUUUUUUAUAUCGGGCAAUAUUCCCUUGGUCUGAAUGUUACCCUGCGAUCACACAUGAUGUAUGUAUGUAUAUAUUAUAGCCGUCAAUUUCUGCUAUUUCCAGAUGUAUUUCGACAUCUGACAACUAUGUGUUUCACCCACUGAGUUUUGACGUCAAUAGUUAUGAGUAAUUGAUUUCGACCGUUUAAAUGAGACUGUGACCGCAAAACCAUUCAGAAAAUGUUCGGAAAAUGAUAAAAUUGUAAGCAACAAUGUGAUGAUUAAUAAGGCGAAAUGGAAAAAAUAUAAGUUCACAAGCCUAUUCAAAAUAUAAUUAUAAAAACAUAUGAAAAAUUGAAAAUAUAAUAUGUUUAAUG